GGCAAGCUGCAGUCCAUGGGGUCACAAAGGGUCAGACACAGCUGAGCACGCACACUUACAUGUCAAGCACUGUUUUAGGCUGGGCAUGCUAAUUAGGGUAAACAAAGUCGAAACCCUGUUCUUCUGGAACUUGUGUGUUUAUACACACAAUGACCAGAGAUAGAUGAAUAUAAAUAAAUGUAUAGCUUGUCAGAUGGUGAGGAGUAGUUCAGAGAACACUGAAUCAAGAUAAGAGUGAGACUGGUUUAUUUGGAGUAUUAAGUAGUCAGGAAAGUCUUAAUGAGGUGAAUUUUGAACAUAGACCAAAAGAAGUGAGGAAGGGAACCCUGUAGAUAAUUGGAGGUAAGGCAUGUUAGGCAGAACAGCAAUUGCGAAGAUCUUGGAACAGAAGUUUCUUGAAAGGUUUGGUGCACGGGGGUAGGAAAAACACAAAUUCAAGGUUUUUGGUUUGAGUGACUGGAAGGAUGGACUUCCCAUUUGCUGAGACAGGAAGACUGAGGGGCAGGCCUGUAGGAGGUUACAGUUUGAACAAGACAAGUUUGAGAAGCACAUUGAAGCUCAGAGGUCCGAUGAGAAAUAAGACACGUGAAUCUAAAUUUCCUGGGAGUGUCUGGCUAGAGGUAUAGACAUGGGAGUUGUCAGCAGGCAGCCUUUGUGGCAAGACCACCAGAGGAAGGAGAUGGACAGAGAAGGGGUCCUAGGACUUGAGUCGUGGAAUACUCCACUGGUUCCAGCUUGGAGACUGAGUCGAUCCUUACCAGACAUUGCUGAAUGCCACAGCAUGCCAGGCACUGGGCCAGUUGCUGGAGAUACAGGUGUGAAGGAUCAAAAAAUCCAUGCUGUCACGGACUUGCGGUGAAGUGAGGAGACACAGGGAACAAGGAAAGCACAUGUGUCGUCAGGCAACAUUGUGUGCUCUGGAGGAGAUGUAAGUGAGGGAAACAGGACGCUCAGGUGGGGCUGAUGGCCGCUUUCUCAGGAAUGGCAGGCAGGCCUUGGUGAGAAGACAGUUCUCUCCUAGAGAAGGAACCGGCACGGGUGCCCGAAAAAGAGCCCUUGUGAAGUAAGAAAAGAACCAACAGAAGGUGGUGCCCUGGAAACCAGGUGACAAAAAUCAAGAUGGAAGCAGUGAUCUGCCAGGGGAUGAAGUUGAAGCGCUGACCGCUGGGUGUAGCGUUGGUGACUUUGACAAAGCUAUUUUGGAGGAGCGGUGGGAAAGAACUACAGCCACCGUCACCUGGGGGAGAGGUACUGCCCAGCCUUGGAGCUAAUCCUUCUGAGACCAAGCCAGUUCUCAGACCUGUUUCAAAUGCCACCUCUUCCAGGAAGUCCCCAGGUAUUAGGACCUCCCAUGUUUGUAUAUUGUCCCAUCCUCUCAGGUGAGAGAGAGGUGCACCCACAAGGGAUUAAAAGCUCUGAGCUGCUAGGCUCACGAGGAUUUGAGCCUGCAUUCUUCGCGAAGCUGAGAACAGUUCCCACUCUGUCAAAUGUUACAGUCCCGUGUGCACAGGGAGCAGGUGCUGGGUCCGCCCUUGGGGAUGGACAAGGUCACCACUGCAAAGGCUUUGGGGGAGAGGCCUCUUGAUAGGGCCCCAACGAGUGGAGGACCAGGCCUGGAUGCCCUUCGCUGACCCAAGGCUCAUGGAGCAUCUCCUCCCUUGCAUACCAGGCCCUGCAGGAGAAUAAGAUGACAAAGUUUGCUGUUCUGGUCCUUGAGGAAGUGAGCACUGUCAGAAGUCAGAUGUGGAUACUAUCAGCUGCCGGGGGUGGGUGAUCGGAAAGGCGUCACAGGGCCGAGGAUUUGAGUAGGGCCAUGAAAGAAGUAGAGGAGUUUGCCAGACUGAUGGGGUGGUCUGAACAGGUGUGCCCAGACCCGAGCCAUGCUGGAAUGCAGUCUUUGGAAAAACCUGUUGGACCUGUGGUCAGAGACUAGAUUGGGCCAGCGGGAUGUGGUGGUGUAUCUGCUGCUUUUAUUGUGGCUAGUGCCUUGUGGGCUCCAGAGGGGGGAGAAAGGAGACUCUAGGUGGGAAAGGUCCUUCCCUGCACACACCGCCAAGCUUGGGGAACCUUGGUCUCUUCUUGCUGGUGUGGGCCCCUCUACUGAUAACACCUUCCUCCUCCUCUCCUCCGUAGUGGCCCAGCAGGAAAAGAUCCUACCUCCCAGGCCCAGCCUGCUGGAGGCAGGCAGCGAUGGCUCUGAGGAGCCCAAGCAGCAGGUGUCAUGGGAGCAGGAGUUUCUGGUGGGGAACAGCCCGGGAGGCAGCGGGCGGGCGCUGUGCAUGGUGUGUGGGGCCGAGAUCCAGGCCCCCUCGGCAGACACGGCGCGCGCCCACAUCCUGGAGCAGCAUCCUCACACCCUGGACCUGAGCCCUUCCGAGAAGAGCAACAUCCUGGAGGCAUGGAGCGAGGGGGCGGCCCUUGUGCAAGACUUUCGAGCGGAGCAGCCGUCCCCACACCACUCAGACUCAGGCCAGGACUCCGACCUGGACCCUGCCAGGAUGCCAGCAGAGAUUGUCGUUCUCCUCGACUCCGAGGACAACCCAUCCCUCCCCAGGAGGACCCGGCCCAGGGGACUUCGCCCUCUGGAACUUCCUGCGGCCCCUGUCCCAGAGCCAGUAAGCAAGAAGCCCCGUGGUCAGAGAUGCAAGGAGCCCUCUGGGGAGGAGCCGGUCAGGAAGAAAAGAGGCAGACCUAUGACCAAAACCCUGGACCUAGAUCCAGACCCUGACCCAGACCCCCCCUCGCCGGACUCACCCAUGGAGACCUUCGCUGCUCCGGCCGAGGUCCGGCACUUCACAGAUGGCAGCUUCCCGGCCGGCUUCGCCCUUCAGCUCUUCUCCCACACCCAGCUCAGGGCCUCAAACCGCAGAGACUUGCCCAAAGAGGGGAGAGGGGUCGAAGGAGGUUGUCUCCAGCCAGAAAGCCCCUCCCCAGGACCGCGCUCUGCCUCGACUCGUGUGUUUCCUGGUCCCCUUCGUGUUGUCAGCGGACCCCUGCUGUACAUAGCUGACCUCUCCCACUGGCUGGUGGGUCUUCUGGUUUCGUUCUAAAAGGUGGGGGCUUCAUUUCAAGCCUUGGGGUACCCUGUGCCCAAACUCCACCUGUCUGGAGUGACCAGUAGCUGAGAAGAGCAUCCUUGAGGUCUCAGGUUCGUUUGGGGUGAGUGGGCAGAGCCUGAGACUUUAGGGUUCAGCCGUCUGAAUGAUUUGAAAGGGAGGGAGGCGCUGAGCCAUGUCUUGGCAGCAGCAGGGACCUGUAGAGGUUGGGGACAGUCCAGAAACCUCAGGAGAUGGUGAGUGACCCAGUGGUGCGUGUGCCUGCAGCCCGACCCAGGAAGCACCCUGAGAAAUGACACAAGUGGUCUCUGAGGGGCCCAAGCCAGCAAAUGCAGACUAGCAGGGUGCCCGUGAGGGUUCUGUGCACGGCACGGUCUCCAGACUAGUGGCUGCAGCCUGGUUUUGGGUUUUAAGAACCCAAAGCUCAGAUGUCUCAGAAACCUUUGAGGCUUCAACCAGAAUGUUCUACUUUGAGUUGUUUAAUUUUUUGAAGUUCUCCAAAGGUCUUACUGGACUAGAGAUCCUACCACUUUAAAAAAGAAAAUUAAAAAUCAAGGCUUUAGAAGUUGGCAGUGGGCAGGAAGUCCCUGUGGUCAGCUGAUGGACAUGUGUGUGAAGCCAUCAGGGAGGACUUGCUGGACAUUCUAGGGCCUUACAGGAUGAGGGUGUCCAGGCCAGGAGAGGCAGUGAGCCCCGUGGGCCCACUUGCAAGUAGUGGAGAAGAUCCUUGCUGGUGUUUAAUUAGAAUAAGAUCUUGAGACCUGGCUUAGGGAUACCUGGCUUAGGGAUACCUCAGCUGGAACCAGUGUGUUCCUGACUGGACCGAAGGAGAAGAAAGUGUGUGUGUGUGUGUCUGAGAGAGAGAGAGACUGGACCAAGGAGAAGAUGGUGUAUGUGUAUGUGAGAGACUGGACCA